UCCUUGCGACAAACAUGGUAAACGUAUGCUAUGGGAGGAGCUUUUAGGCCUUAUCAAAGAAUACAGUGGCGGAUGCUGGUGCAUUGGGGGGGAUUUCAAUGCUAUUAGAGGGAUGGAGGAAAAAAGAGGCAGAUCUUAUGAUGCUGCUGAGGCCAGGGAGUUUAAUAAAUUUAUCAUAGAAGCAGGAGUAGAAGAUAUCCCCUUAACAGGCAGAAAAUUCACAUGGUAUAAGGCUGAUGGCACUGCAAUGAGUAGAUUAGAUAGAUUCUUAUUAUCUACUGAAUUCUUGAUUAAUUUUCCAAAUGUUAUUCAAAAAGGGCUUAGGAGAGAAUUCUCAGAUCAUUGCCCAGUAUUGUUGAGACAAGCAUGCACUGAUUGGGGGCCAAAGCCGUUUAGAUGCCUGGACAGUUGGUUAAACCAUGACGAAUUUGAGAAAUAUGUUAAAGAGAAGUGGCAGAGUUACAACCCUCAAGGCUGGAGUAGCUUCAAACUUAAGGAAAAAUUAAAGAACCUGAAAAAGGACUUGAAGAUAUGGAAUAACAGUGUGUAUGGCAACAUCGACAAGAAUAUUGAGACUGCUAAGGAGGGAAUCAGAAGGCUAGAUGAGAAAGGGGAGGUUGCUGGACUCACAGACGCAGAGGUGGCACAAAGGAAGGACUGUUUUUAUCGCUUGUGGGAAUGGAACAAGGCUAGAGAUAGCUUGCUGCAUCAGAAAUCAAGGCAAAAAUGGCUCAAAGAAGGCGAUGCGAAUAGUAAAUUCUUCCAUGGGUGUGUGAUUAAAAGAAGGAAGCAAAAUGGAAUUGAUGGUAUGCAAAUAAAUGGUGAAUGGACAGAAGAAGUAGUAGUGAUAAAGAACUUCAUCAAAGAGUUCUAUAGGAGCAAGUUCCAAGAAGAACAAUGGCAUAGACCGAGAUUUGAGCUGAACAACUUUAAGAGGCUUAGCAUUGAAGAAAAUGAUAUGUUAGUUGCGGAUUUCUCUGAAGAGGAAAUUAGAGAAGCUGUCUGGAGUUGCAAUGGAAACAAGAGUCCAGGUCCUGAUGGUUUGAAUUUUAACCUCAUCAAAAGAAUGUGGCCGAUCCUAAAGGAGGAUAUAUGCGAGUUUAUGUGCGAAUUUCAUUCGAAUGGAAGGUUAGUGAAGGGUAGCAAUGCUUCUUUCAUUGUUUUGAUCCCCAAGAAGGAGAACCCCUCAAGCUUAUUAGAAUACCGCCCGAUCUCCCUUAUUGGUUGUAUGUAUAAAAUUGUGGCUAAGCUAUUGGCUAACAGAAUGAGGAAGGUGAUGAAUUCCAUUAUUAGCCAAAACCAAUCAGCUUUCAUUGGUGGGAGGCAUAUUGCGGAUGGUAUCAUCAUAACAAAUGAGCUGAUUCAUGAUGCAAAAAGAAGAAAGUGGCCUACUUUAAUCUUCAAAGCAGAUUUUGAGAAGGCGUAUGACAGUGUUAACUGGUGCUUUCUUGACUGCAUGCUGCAGAAGUUGGGGUUUUGUGAAAAAUGGCGUUUAUGGAUCCAGGAAUGUCUAGCCUCUGCAACUACUUCAGUGCUGGUGAACGGGAGUCCUACUGAAGAGUUCAAAAUGUCGAAAGGUCUGCGGCAAGGCGACCCACUUGCUCCCUUCUUAUUCUUGGUAGUAGCUGAAGCUCUUAAUGGUUUAAUUAUAAAAGCUGUGGAGGAAGGGAUGCUAACAGGAGUUCGGGUUGGUUCAGGGGACCUUGACAUAACACAUCUACAAUUCGCAGACGAUACAAUUAUUUUCUGUGAGGCAUCUCCACAGAAUGUUUGGGUGAUAAAAGGCAUUUUUAGAAGCUUCGAACUCAUUUCUGGCCUAAAGGUGAACUUCUUUAAAAGCUCAUUAUCUGGUAUUAAUGUGGAAGAUGAUAAACUGUCUGAGAUGGCUGAUUCGAUUAACUGUGUGGUGGGCGACAUCCCUUUCAAGUACCUCGGAGUUCCUGUCGGUGCUAACCCCAGGAAGAUAUCUACUUGGGCUUCAGUCAUUGAAUGUUUAAGAAGGAAAUUGUCUUCCUGGCGAUGUGACUCUCUAUCUUUUGGUGGUCGUAUCAUUCUCCUAAAAGCUGUCCUUUCGAGCAUCCCGGUUUAUUACUUCUCGACACUAAAAGCACCCAAAAAGGUUAUUAAUCUAUUAUCAUUAAUUCAAAGGAGAUUCUUGUGGGGUGGUAGUGAGGAAAAUAAAAGGAUCUCUUGGGUUGGGUGGGACAGUGUUUGCAAAAGCAAGGAGGAAGGGGGGUUAGGUGUUAAGAAUUUGGGUAUCUUCAAUGUAGCUUUACUAGGAAAGUGGAGAUGGAGAUUGCUGGAGGAAGAAAAUGCCCUUUGGAGGAGAGUAAUAGAGGCCAAAUAUAAGGUGAAUAGAAUUAAUGAAUGGAGGGGUGGCGAAUGGGAUGUGCAUGGUUCUAGUUGGUGGAAGGAGCUGUGGCGACUAGAUACAAUGGGGAGUGACAGUGAAGGAUGGCUUAGUGAGAACAUUGAGAAAGUGGUUAGGGAGGGAUCGAAGACCUUGUUUUGGCUUGACAAGUGGGCAGGACCUAUUCCUUUAAAGAGUAGAUUUAAUAGAUUGUUUAGGAUAUCAGGGGACAAAGAUGCAUUAAUCUCUACCAUGGGGGAAUGGGAGGAUGGAGAAUGGAAAUGGAGAUGGAGAUGGAGGAGGAAUCUUUUGGCUUGGGAACUUGAGCUUUUGCAGGAACUCACAGACACAUUACAAGGGAAUCAACUAAUCCAGGGACAAGAGGACUAUUGGAUUUGGCAGCAAGAUUACAAGGGUAAAUACACGGUGAAAUCAGCUUACAAUCUGCUUCAAACCAACUCAAACCCAGGUAGAAUUGAUAAUUACAAGUUGAUUUGGAAUAAAAAUGUGCCCUUAAAAGUCUCUGCGUUUGCCUGGAAAGCCACUCAAAACAAAAUCCCAACAAAGGAUAAUUUGUGGAAAAGGGGAAUAAGAAGCAUGGAGAGGGACUUGACAUGCACUUUAUGUGGACAAUAUCCUGAAGAAACAGAUCACCUUCUAUUCACUUGCAGAACAGCAUGGCUUCUUUGGUCCUCCUGCUACAAUUGGUGGGGGAUAGCUGUCCCUCAACAUCAUAAAGGCUGGAACCAUUUGCAACAACACGCAGAUCUUUUCUUUGAAGAAAAAUCAAAACAAGCAUGGCUGGUAACCUGGUUUGCAGUUAUUUGGUCAAUAUGGACAUGGAGAAACCAAAAGGUAUUUAACGAAAACACCGACUCAGUUAGCAAUAUGUUUGAGCUAAUCAAGAUACGUUCAUUGUUAUGGUUGAAAGCUAGUCUUUGGCCAAAUAUAUCAAAAGAUCUAUGGCUUUCAAACCCAAUUCAGGCAUGCAGGAGGGUGAUGACUGCUAAGGCUUAGAUUAUAGCUACCAUUUCUGAAGUUUUUGAUGAUUCAUCUCUAAGUCUUGAUUUAUUUUGAUGUAAUGUAAGUAUUUAUGUACAAUAUGGGUAGGAGUACCCCUUGUACUCCAUUAAAUUUUAAUCCGCACU